AUGCGGCGUCUGCUGCCGACAGCACUGCUUCUUCUUUUCUCUCACUCAUCCAGCGCUUGCUAUCGCUAUCCAAAAGGGAAAAGAAGUCCAUGUGACGAUCUACGCUGCGGACCAGGCGAGGAUUGCGUCGUUACUCAGAAUGCUGGCGUUCUCUCAGCUCAGUGCGUAUGUCCCAGCACUUGUCCAUCCUAUGGUGACUCAGGUGUGUAUUUAACUACCUGUUUGCAUUUUCCCAACACAUUUAGUUCACAACUUGUUACAUCGUUGUGCGGGCUGUCGAAGUGGGCCGAG